UAUAAAUAUUAAAUAGUGCGCCAAACAAGCCCUACACCACCCUAGUCCAAUUGAAGUCAAACCGCAACCAGAAUCGUCGGCGGCGCAUCAAUGGCGGAUCAAGAAGGUGGUGAUUCGGAAGACGAUGCAAUACUGAUCCCCGAGACCGCAACGCUCCUUCCAUCGACUCAACAUUGCCUCCACUCCAUCAACUCAGUCGUCUGUAUCCGGGAGCUCCGGUCUCAAGGCCUCUCUUUCCAGCUUUGGCCGGCCGCCACCACGCUCCUCACUCUCCUCGACGGCUACCACGGUGACCCUAGCACCAGUCCCCUGGGACCCACACUCUCGGCCUUGGACAUGCGGAAGCGCCCUCUCAAAAUCCUCGAGCUCGGCUCCGGAACCGGCCUCGUCGGAAUCGCCGCCGCAGCCACGCUCGGGGCUACCGUCACGGUCACUGACCUCCCACACGUCAUCCCUAACCUUUUAUUCAACGUGGAAGCGAACGUCUCCGUAUUGGAAGCCAACGGCGGCAUUGUCCACGUGGCGGCGCUGGGGUGGGGGGAAGCGGCGGACGUGGAGGUGAUUGGGCGGGAAUUUGAUCUUAUUCUGGCGUCGGAUGUAGUGUAUCACGAUCAUCUCUACGGGCCGUUGCUCAAAACGUUGCGUUUGCUGAUAUUAGGUGAGGCGGAGGAGAAUGAGGAGGGAAAGGUUUUCGUGAUGGCCCACCUGAGGCGGUGGAAGAAGGAGUCGGCUUUCUUCAAGAAGGCCAGGAAGGUUUUUGAGGUGGAGGUCUUGCACGUGGACCCCCCGUGCCAUGGCUCCAGGGUUGGAGUUACUGUUUUCCGUUUUACCGCGAAGAAGUCGGGUCGGAAAAUGUUGAAUUCUACCGGCAAUACCAAUGUCACGGCCUAACCAUCAAAUUCCAUCUUAGUUAUUCUUGCGUUUUUGCACUUUUUAAA